AUGUGCAAAGUCGAGCUGAGCGCGUUGCCGUCCAUGGCCCCCGUGGAGGCGCAGCUCGUCAAGCCGACGUUCGUGCGGGCGUUCGCGCCGCAGGGCGACUUCCACUGGACGCCGACCGACGAGCCGCACGCCACGCGUCGGAAGCUCAUUAUGGCCAAAUACCCCCAAGUGAAGCAGCUCUUCGGCCACUGCCCCAAGACGAAGUACGUCGUGGCCGCGACAGUCGGUCUGCAGACGUACCUGGCGCUCCAUGCCCAGCACUGGUCGUGGCCCGUCUACCUCGGGCUGCUCUACGUCGUGAGCGGCACGGCCAACCACGCUAUGACGAUGGCCAUGCACGAGAUGGCGCACAACCUCGGCUUCCGCAAGCCCCUGCACAACAAACUGCUGGGCCUCGUGGCCAACCUGCCGCUCGCCGUGCCGUCCGCGACGUCGUUCCGGAGGUACCACCUCGACCACCACCGGUACCAGGGCGUCGACGGCGUCGACGUGGACGUCCCGACGGUCCUCGAGGGCCGCUACAUCAACACGAAGCUCACCAAGUUGGCCUUUGUCGUCCUCCAGCUCUUCUUCUACGCCAGUCGGCCGCUCGUUGUCAACUACAAGACCCCCGGCGCGUGGGAAGCCAUCAAUCUCGCCGUGUGCCUGAGCUACAACUGCCUCGUGUACACCUACGGCGGCCUCUCGGGUCUGCUCUACCUCCUGCUCGGCACGGUCGUUGGCUGCGGCAUCCACCCCGUGGCCGGCCACUUUAUCGCCGAGCACUACGAGUUUGUACUCGGCUACGAGACGUACUCGUACUACGGCGUGCUCAACCGCGUCACGUUCAACGUGGGGUACCACAACGAGCAUCACGACUUCCCCUUCAUCGCGGGCUCGCGGCUCCACGAGCUGCGCGCGCUCGCGCCCGAGUUCUACGACAACCUCCCGAGCCACACGUCGUGGGUGAAAGUCAUGUACGACUACGUCAUGAACGACAACAUCAACGCGUUCUCGCGCGUGAAGCGCCUCGACCCCAUGAAGAACGUCGCUAACCAGAUGCUCAAACGCGAGUAA